AUGAUUAUCAAUCAAAGAAAAUAUGCACUGGAGUUAUUAUCUGAUAUAUGUUUCUUAGCUGCCAGAUUUGCUUCAACUCCUUUAGAUCCAGCUCACAAACUUCAAAAACAUCAAGGCUCACCUUAUCAUGAUGUUCCAGAGUAUCGCAGGCUCAUUGGAAGACUGUUAUACCUUACCACCACACGUCCAGAUAUCUCUCAUGCCAUUCAACAACUCAGUCAAUAUGUUUCUAAGCCUAUGGACACUCAUUACAAUGGUGCUUGUUAUGUUCUUCGCUAUAUAAAAGGGUCUCCAUCAAAAGGUUUAUUUUUCCCUGCCACCAAUGAGUUUCACAUAUCUGCUUUUGCAUAUUCAGAUUGGGCAUCUUUCCCUGACACCAGGAGGUCCAUCUCUGGUUUUUGUAUAUUUCUAGGAUCAUCUCUAAUAUCUUGGAAAUCAAAGAAGCAAACCACGGUUUCUAGAUCCUCUUCAAAAGUAGAAUAUCGGGCACUUGUACAACUUACUAGUGAGCUUCAAUGGCUUCAGUUUAUACUUCACGAUCUCCACAUUUCUAUUUCUCAACCUGCUUCUGUCUUCUGUGAUCUCAGGCGGCUAUAUAUCUAG